GUAUACACCAAAACCAGAGAAGACUCUCUCUCUUUCUUUCUCUCUGUGCUAUUUGAUUCCAGCUAAAGAGAUCGCACCAAAACAAUUCUAAAAACCUCAACCCAAAAUAUCGAAUAAAUUUUACGAAAGAUCCUGCUGGUUAAACAGCUUGAUUUCCGAAAAUCAAUUUAAAAAAAAAAAAAAAACAACUUUUUAGUUUUGGUUUUCUGUUAAUUUUCUUUAGAUUCGUGAUCGGGUUUGUUUUUGAUCUAAUUAGGAUAAAUCCUAGGUGGUUUUGGGAGCUCAGAAAUGGGUCGGAGAGAGUUUGCGGUGGGUGGAGAUGUAGAGGUGGGUUUUGGGGGUUGAUUUGGUGGGCUAUUUGUAGAUGAUUAGUGUAGGUAAUAGGGAUGCUAAUAAGGAGCUAGGGUUUGGUUUGGGGUUGGGUGGUGGAGGAACAGAAAUGGAAGAGAACGAGCUUGAAGAAGGAGAGGCUUGCUCGUAUAAUAACAAUAACGAGGAUUAUGAUGCAAGCAUCGACCCUGAUAUUGCUCUCUCUUAUAUUGAUGAGAAACUUCAACAUGUCUUGGGCCACUUCCAGAAAGAUUUCGAAGGUGGUGUUUCUGCAGAGAAUUUGGGAGCAAAAUUUGGUGGUUAUGGUUCAUUUUUACCAACCUAUCCUCGGUCUCCUGUUUGGUCACAUCCAAAGACUCCUCCAAAAGUUCAUUAUGGCAAUGCUUCUAAAUCUCCAAAUAAUAUGCAAUUAGAGAAUGGUCGUCAUAGCUCUGCAGUUUCUUUAUCUGCCCCUCAGUCAUCGAGACCUGGACCUGCUUCUAGUUCCACUUCACUGCCUGCUUUGAAGGCACCUUCUAUUAAUGAUUCAGUCAAAGAAGAAGUAUCGAUGGCAUCCACUCAUGCUGAGGAAUAUGCUGGUAGGCAUGAAUUUGUUAACAAGAAACAUUUUCCAGACCAGAAAACUCUGAAGGUCCGAAUCAAAGUUGGUUCUGACAACUUGUCGACACAAAAAAAUGCGGCAAUCUACAGUGGUCUUGGCCUUGAUGUCUCACCAUCCUCAUCAUUGGAUGAUAGCCCUUCAGAAAGUGAAGGGAAUGAUCGUGAACCUCAAGAUGCUCCUUUUGAAUCUCCCACCCAUAUUCUGAUGGUCAUGACUUCCUUUCCUGUUCCUGGGGGUCUACUGUUAUCACCUCUUCCUGAUUAUCUAUUUCACUUAACUGAAAAGGAGAAACUUCUAAAAGAUAGUAGAUCUGUGCCAUUCCCCAGAGCUGGCUUAGAAAUUGGUCGCAGUUCACUGAAUGGAUCUGAUUCUAGAAAGAAUGAUGGGAAAGUAAUAGGAGAAAAGAAAGCAAAGUCAGUGGAGAAAAAUGAUUUUUUUGCAGAAACUAAGAGUGGAAAUAACAGGGAUGCUCGCAAUGGUUUGGGUGUUGUCCACAAGAAGGAGGUGGACAUUGACACGUUGGCAUGUGAGAAGCUUGUUACUGAAACCUUAAAGCUUCCACUUUUAUCCAAUUCUUAUUCUACUGGUAUUGACACUGCAAAAGGUGCAGGUAGGGCAUUGGAUGCGUUGGGGGAACCCUCUAAGAGGGACCCUCUUUUCUCUGUAACAAAAGAGGAAGCAUUGGAGCCAAUGUAUACCGAAGAGACUGGAUGGGAUAGUAACCCAAAAGGUGGUUUGGUAGGAAAGUCAUGGGAGGAUAAAAAGGCUAGUUCUGUGGAUGAUGUUUCGGCACAUGCAAAGACAGAUAGCUAUUCCAAAAGAGAGAGAACUUUUGACUCAGUCAAAGCUGAUUCAAAUGUUUUAUUAGCGAGGAAAGGUCUAAGUAAUGAACUCGUAGAUCCUCCCAAGCUGAAGACCAAUCAGAGAGCGGCGUCCUAUGAACUAGACGGUGUUAAGUUACCUCCUGGAAAGGAGCAUCAGUCCUCUGGAGUAAAAAAGAAAUCAAAGGGAAGCCAAAGUCAUGGUAGUGUGGCUGCAGAGGUCCCAAAACAGAGCUCUAAGGCCAGUUCUUCUUCAGUGUCUAAAAGUAAAAAGAGCAAUCAUGCAGACCAUUUCAUGGCUAAAAGGGACACUGAAAAUAAAUUACAUAAGGACAAUGUAAAGGCUGAAGAUAGGUAUAGAGAAUUUUUUGGGGACAUUGCAGAAUCUGAACAAGAAGAGAAAAAGAUGAGUUCGUUGGAAAUACCUUCUGAAGAUAAGCUAAAGGAUUUUGAUGUAGCUGAAAAAGGCACAUGUACCAUGAACAAUGCUUUGAAGGAGAGAUCAUAUGGUAGGAAAAUUGACAAGGUUUCGACACAAGAAGCAUAUACGAAAUCAGCUCCAAAUGCUGCCCCUCUCUCUGGACUUGGCGCUGUUUCUGAUGUGGCUCAGACAACCCCGGCUACUGUGCUGAUAGAAGAAAAUUGGGUACAGUGUGACAAGUGUCAGACAUGGCGGCUUCUUCCUAUUGGUACAAAUCCUGAUGAUCUACCUGAGAAGUGGUUGUGCAGCAUGCUUAACUGGCUGCCUGGAAUGAACCGGUGUAGUUUUACCGAAGAGGAGACGACAAAAGCUCUUAUUGCACAGUACCAAGUCCCUGCUCCAGAGAGUCAUAAUAAUCUGCACAUCAAUUCUGGCGGUGUUCUACCCAGAGCAAACUUUCCUGAUGUUCGGCACCCUGACCCAAAUUACCGAAAUUUUGGUCCCCAUGCCCCUCCUCAUGGUGGAAAGAAGAAACAUGGUUUAAAGGAAAUAGCUGGUGCAACCAUCAAAGAUAGUCACACUCAGUCAUCAAACUCUAUGAAGAAGAACAUCAGGGCAUCUGUGAGAAGUGGAAUCUUAAAUGAUAUGGGACAGCCCUCAGUGGUGGGUGAACCAGAUAAUCGGCAAGUAAGCAGGUCCAGUGACUUGCCUGGGGAGAAGCAAAAACAUAAGCAGAAAGAGAAGCAUAAAGUACUGCAUCCCAGCUCUGAUGGAGGUUAUACCAAGAGUUUAAAGAUGAAAAGCAAAAGGGAUCCUGAUCAAGAAAGUUCUAAAGCCUUCAAGAAAAUGAAGACUGAAGAUUUGAAAACUGUUGAAGAUUGGAUGUCUGACCAUGGAGGGGCCCCAGGGAAGGGUGGUCCUAGCUCAAGUAAUGGUUUUCCAACUACAUCGGUCCGAAAGGACCGGUCUAGGCAUAAUGAUCAUUCUUCUAAGGACUCAAAAUCAGAUACAAAAGACAGGCUACAAGUUUCUGAUAAAAAAGUUAAAGAUAAAGUUAAGGUUUCAUUGGAUGACGCUGCUACAAAAAAGAGGAAAAUGAAGGAUUCUCAUGAUAAUCAAAUUUGUUCAGGGUCCCUUCCAAGUACAGGCAAUCAUCUCCAGGGCGGGAAGAAUUUUGUGGAGGAGUUCAGUGAUAAUGACUACCAGAAGGAAAAGAAGGCUAGGGUAUCCAAAUCUGAGGGGAAGGAGUCCAGUGUAAGUAAAGGCAGUGCUAAAACUGGCAAAAAAGGUAGUCAUACAAAGAACCAGCAACAAGGGCAAGAUCUUGGGAGCACUGUUUCUCAACGAAGCCUGGAUGGCAUGGAUAAUAAAAGGGAUUCUGGACCUGUACAACCUUCAGUAGCAGCCACUUCAAGCUCAUCUAAGGUUUCUGGUUCUCAUAAAAAUAAGGCCAGCUUCCAUGAACCAAAAGGUUCACCAGUGGAGUCAGUUUCUUCAUCUCCUAUGAGAAUUUCUAAUCCAGAUAAGGGUACAUCUGCUAGAAGGAAUCUCAAUGGCAAAAAUGAGUCUCAUGAUGCUGAUUUUCUUGUCAUAGGUAGCCCAAGAAGAUGCUCUUAUGAUGAAGAUGAGGGGGGGAGUGAUAGAUCUGGGACAGCAAGGAAGGAAAAAUUUACUGAGGCUCAGCAUGGAUCCCUUGAGUCUGUGCUAGAUAUUCAGGAUAAAGAUUUUAGUCACUUGUCAGGUGGAAAAGCUAAAGCGAUUGUGCCUUCUCCUGAUAUAACAGCUCGUCAUUUUACAAAUAGUAGUGCAGAUUAUAUUUGCCAAGAUACUCAACAUCCUAGGAAACCACCAAUUGCAGAUGAUUUUCAUGACGAGGAAAGACAGAAUAAUAACCAUUAUCAUGCUAAUGGUUCUCGUUCAAGAAAGUCUGGAAAGGGGUCAUCUUCCCGGUCCAAGGAAAAAAGUCGGAGUUCUAAAUCCGAUUCUGUCAAUGAAUUUCAUGAGCAUGCUCCGUCUUAUGAAGCUAAAGCCAGGGAUACUAGAAACAAGUUCCAGGAGAAGUUUGGGGUCAAGUCUGAUGAAAAUGAGAAGAGAUAUAUUGAUAAGAAAGACACUGCUGGAAAAUUGUCUAGUGAGAGUUUUAAAAGAGAGAAUCAAUCAAAUUUAGGGGGGCAUGAUGGUCCAGAUGCUAAAGUAGAUGCUCCUUGUAGUCAGGAUGCAACAUCCAGUCCAAAACGGAGUCUCAUGCAAGACUGCAAUGGUGAAAGAUCUUCAAAGACUUUUGUCUCUGACAAAACAGAUCAAGUUGAACUUGUCCCUGGAAGAGGGAAAUCACUGUCAUUACCACCUGCUGGAGGAUCUCAAAGUGACGCACCGGUUCUUUGCCCUCGACCAGCUCCUGGGUCCCACAAAGGAAAUGGAUCAGACAUUUUGGCAGCCGAUGCUUCCCAAGUUGAUGAUGCAUCAAAGGUGCCAAAACAUAUCAGGAAGGCUGAUCAUCAGAAUGGCCAGCAUAGUAGUUCAAGACAUGCCACACAGAAUGGGCACAGGGUUAGGGAUCUUGAUGCCCCAAGUCCAGCGAGAAAGGAUUCUUCAAGUCAAUCUGCUACAAAUGCUGUGAAAGAAGCUAAAGAUUUGAAGCACAUGGCUGAUCGUAUGAAGAACUCUGGGUCAAAUGAGAGUACAGGGCUUUAUUUCCAGGCAGCCCUCAAGUUUCUUCACGGGGCUUCUCUUUUAGAAUCUAGCAGCAGUGAGAGUGCCAAGCAUGGAGAGAUGAUACAGUCAAUGCAAAUGUAUAGCAGUACUGCAAAACUCUGCGAGUUCUGCGCCCAUGAAUAUGAGAAAUCUAAAGACAUGGCUGCUGCUGCGCUGGCCUACAAAUUGAUGGAGGUAGCAUAUAUGAGGGUUAUUUAUUCAUCACAUACCAGUGCAAGCAGAGAUCGGAAUGAGUUGCAGUCAGCUAUACAAAUGGCUCCUCCUGGUGAGUCUCCUUCUUCUUCUGCCUCAGAUGUUGAUAAUUUAAACCACCCAACAACAGUAGAUAAGGUUGCAUUACCAAAAGGUGUUAGCUCUCCACAAGUAGCUGGAAACCAUCUCAUUGCUGCCCGGAACCGUCACAAUUUAGUUCGUGUGCUCAAUUUUACACAGGAUGUAAAUUUUGCAAUGGAAGCUUCAAGAAAAUCUAGGAAUGCCUUUGCAGCUGCUAAUGGAAGUUUGGGGGAGUCCCAACAAAGGGAGGGUAUUUCUUCUAUUAAAAAGGCUCUUGAUUUUAACUUCCAAGACGUAGAAAGAUUACUUCAUUUGGUACGGGUAGCAAUGGAAGCUAUCAGCCGCUAAAAAGAGCCUAAAUGUUUGUUGGGUAUGAUGUUGACCCUGGAAUUGAAAACAGUUGUUUGAUUAGUAUAUCCAUGGGUAUCUGGCCCAAAGGGGGAGAAGAGAGUCUACCUUGGUUUCUCUGCUGCUGCACGUGAUAUUUUUGUCAUCACCAAUUCAAUGACUUGGCUUCUUGUAAAUGUGUGCAAUACCAAAUUAAUUUGGAAUACAUAUUAAUUCUUCUUUGAGGCUUCA